CUCACGAAUCAAGAGUUUUGUGAAGUCAAAGAUAAUUCAAACAGGACGGCAAUGAAUGGAGGCACAAAACCAAAUAACAUGCAUAUUCCUUGUGGGAAAACGAGCUUCCUUUUUGGGGCGGCUGAGAUGGAGAAACCAAAACCCCAGCAGCUAUAUGUGGACAAUAUUUUUACACAUUUCACUUUUCUUCUUGGCUAUAUGUAUCUAUAGCUGAUUAGAGAGACAUACAAGUCUGCAAGAAAAGUACUGUGACAAAAACAAGAAAAGCCCAAAAUGGAAAACAAUGCUGCUCAAAUUCCAGAAAGCAGACAAGACAUUCCUCUACUGACCCCUUAUAAAAUGGGAAUUUUUCAGUUAUCUCAUAGGGUUGUAUUGGCGCCAUUGACGAGGCAGAGAUCUUAUGGCAAUGUUCCUCAGCCACAUGCUAUCCUUUAUUACUCUCAACGAACCACAAAAGGGGGUCUUCUAAUAGCAGAAGCCACAGGAGUUUCUGACACUGCCCAAGGGUAUCCACAAACACCUGGUAUAUGGACAAAGGAGCAAGUUGAGGCCUGGAAACCAAUUGUAAAUGCAGUCCAUGCCAAAGGAGGAAUCUUUUUUUGCCAAAUUUGGCAUGUUGGGAGAGUUUCCCACAAAGAUUUUCAGCCCAAUGGACAGGCUCCUAUCUCCUGCACAGACAAGCCAUUAACACCUCAAAUUCGUGCCAAUGGCGUGGAUGUUGCACAAUUUACACCACCACGGCGGCUGACAAUAGAUGAAAUUCCUCAGAUUGUUAACGAUUUUAGGCUUGCUGCUAAAAAUGCCAUUGAAGCUGGAUUUGAUGGGGUUGAGAUCCAUGGAGCUCAUGGCUAUCUAAUCGACCAGUUUAUGAAAGACCAAGUCAAUGAUCGAACGGACCAUUAUGGAGGGUCUUUAGAGAACCGUUGCAGAUUCGCACACGAAAUAGUUGAAGCAGUUGUAAAUGAGAUAGGAGCUGACAGAGUUGGAAUAAGGCUUUCCCCAUUUGCAAGCUACAUGGAAUCAGGAGACUCAAACCCAAGUGCUUUGGGACUUUACAUGGCCGAAUCCUUGAAUAAGUAUGGCAUUGCUUACUGCCACAUGGUUGAGCCAAGGAUGAAAACAGUUGGGGAAAAAGUUGAAUGUCCUGAAAGCCUUGUACCAAUGAGGAAGGCAUUCAAAGGUACUUUUAUGGUAGCUGGUGGUUAUGAUAGAGGAGAUGGAAACAAAGCUGUGGUUGAAGACCGAGCUGAUCUUGUUGCGUAUGGACGUCUAUUCUUAGCCAAUCCAGAUUUACCAAGGCGAUUUGAGCUCGAUGCACCUCUCAACAAGUAUAACAGGGAUACAUUCUAUAUAUCUGAUCCUGUUGUUGGCUAUAGUGACUAUCCAUUUCUAGAAACCACGGCAUGAUGCCAAGAAGAAUUUUAUUGGAUACCCUUUUCUUGGAUGUAGGGGAAGAGGGGUUUUUCAGAUACUUCAUAUGUCUCACAGAAGAAGUGAUCCAUUGAUAAAGAUUUGUAGCAUAUUCUGCACUUGAAUAAAGGAUUGGUUUGUUUCUUCUUGUUUCGCUGAUAAUAGCCUUCUCCUCGUAAUAGAAGCCCAUUUGAUUCA